UCCCAGCAAACCGAGACAGGCGCAGUGCGCGCGGACACUAGCGCCGCACACCAUUGGCUGAGAGCUCGGCUUUACCUGGAGGAAGGUGUGCCAAGCAGACAAGGAUGAACUUUUCUUUACUCUGAUCCACUUCAGGGAUUUGAAUUCAUGCUCCUAAGAUCAUGGAGCCCGUAACGUACUGGAGCAACGAGAGAGUCGCCGAGUGGCUCAAAGGUCUGGAUGCUCCUCUACAGCAGUACUCGUUCUCCGCAUGGCAUCUCUCUGGCUCAGAUCUGCUGAAUCUUUCCUCUACCAGACUGGAGAAACUUGGAGUGCAUAAAAUCGGACAUCAGGAGCUUAUACUAGAGGCUGUGGAAAAACUCUGUGCUUUGACAUACAGUGUUGGGGGUGACAAUCUGCGCAGUUUGACAGAGAAACUGCGUGCAGUGGCUCACACUCUGCAGAUGAGCAUACAGGGGCGCUGGCGUGUCAAUACCAGUGAUGGACAGAGCGCCACCGAGCUGUCACAACAGGUCCUGCAGGCGUUGGUGGACGUGAUCACAGCAUCCAAUGGACUUGUGUCUUUGCUUAAUAGGUAUCAAUUUGCACAGCAGACUGGACACACAGCAAAUGAGAAAGUUGCCACUCUGUGUAAAAAUCUGGACAUUACAGUGCAUAAGGAAACCGCUGUGUUUGAAAAGGAGAAGGACAUUAUAUCUAUUUGUCGUCAGCUGGUAGCAGUGUGUGAUGAGAUUUUGACCAUUACUCCGUUGCCUCUUCUUACCCAUACUGCCCAGCUGGAGAGUGUUGACCUGCUCCCAGCUUCAGCAGGAGAUCAAGUGUAUCCUACAGAGAUCUUUGAGAAGAUUUUAGCUGAAGAUGAAGUCCUUCAGGUCAACGGACAGAUAGUGGUUGGCUGGAGCCGGGCAAACCUUGUUCAAAAACUGGAGGAAAAUCCAAAUGGAGUCACUCUGGUUUUGAUGAGGCUUCCAGGAUUCCUGAAACGCAAGGAGAGCCGAGCCAAGUCUGAGAGAGAGGAGGAAGAAGAAGAAGAGGAAGAGAAAAGCCGACCUUCUCUUUUGGGCAGGGUGGCAGCUUCAGUCCGCUCUAUGUCCUUCAGUGAGGACAUGCAAGCGAUCCGCUAUCUCAGAUCAGCAUCAGACAGCACACAUUAUUUCAGACGGGAGAAAUCAGCACUCUCUAGUGCACAAAGCUCUAAUGUACAUCAGCCAAACACGUUAAAGCCAGGGACAGAUUCUCUGCGUGCAAGUCGAAAAAGUUUGCAAAUAGGUUUAACUGCAGAAAGGAGUCCGUCCCCGCAAGACUUGGAGCUCAACCGAGCCAGCACUAGCUCCUGUCCUGACAUGGCAGGACUGAGAGAGGAAAAGGAGAACAAAAAGAGCUCUACUAAAGGAACACGGUCAGCGCUGAGCCGGAGGAGGGUGUCCUGUCGUGAACUUGGCCGCCCAGACUGUGACGGAUGGCUCUGGAAGAAGAGAAAAGAAACAAACGUCUUCAUGACUCAGAAAUGGCAGAGAUUUUGGUUCGUCCUGAAAGGCCCUACACUGUAUUGGUAUACAAGCCAACAGGAGGAGAAGGCGGAGGGCUUAAUCAAGAUCGGCAGCUACAGUAUAGAGAGCGCAGGAGAACACAAGAGGAAGUAUGUAUUUCAAAUGUGCCAUCCGCGCUUCCAGAAUUUUUUCUUCGCUGCUGAUAAUGUAACCGACAUGAGCAAAUGGAUUAAUUGCUUAAUCACAGCCAUUCAGAAACAUAAGAAAGGUGUUCAAAGUCAGCCAGACAGUGAAGAAGAAUGUUACAGUGAAACUGAAUCUGAGGAGGAAUCACGUUCACCACUUUCCCAUCGGAAGAAAGUCAAUACAAAAACUCAAACACAAUCACACACACUUCCUCGAACAAAGGGAAAGCAGAACAGGAUGUCAGCGCCAAUGACCAUUUCACAAGCAGGGGGCAGUAAAAUUGCAGGAAAAGUAGAUGAGAUGGAUGAAAUGUUUCAUAGCCUGAAGAAAGGAGGAGUGUCUCUGAUUGGUCAGAAUCAGCCGACGACUCAUGACCAGCUACGUAAAUCCUUCAUCAAACGCAACAAAAACCCUGCUAUCAAUGAGAAGAUACACACACUCCGUGCCCUCCAGAGCACACUUAAGGCGAAGGAAGCAGAGCUUCACCUGAUUAACAAGAUCCUGGAGGACUCGGAGUUCUCACCGCAGAAUUUCCGUCAGUGGAAAAAGUUAAAUGAAGAGCUACUGCAGGACAUUGAGAGACAGUACAAACAGACAGACUCACCAAGCAUAGACACAGUGUCCAAGGCCAAAGACGAGGCAAGCACACUGAAUCUGAGUGAUGGAGAACAGUUGGUAGAUGCAGAGACACCUGAUGACAGAGGCUCCACUUCUACAGAGGCACAGGUGCCGAUGCAAACACAUACCACAGUCACAGACAAAACUACAGAGAACUAUUUUUACAUAUGACAACCGUUUCCUUCCUGUACUCUAUUACAACAAAACAAAACAAGAAAUAAGAGUGCAACGCUUGGAUAAAUAUAUGGAUCUGACUUGCAGGCAUCUGGGACAGAGCACUGGCUGUUUUACCAGAACUAAGCUUUUCAAAAACACUUCAUACUUCUGCUGUUCAUUCACUAAAAACUAUCACUGAAUUUAUGAUGCUGAACUGCCUGAUGCUGGCUCAAGAACGAAUCUUACAUUAGGCACUUGCUAAAGGAUGUUGAUUGUAUACUGAUGUAUGUAAUUUUAAAAUAUAUAUUUUAGAUGAAUUAUAUCAAUAUGAUGCCUAUUUGUUUUAUGUCAGGUAUGUGUGUAAGGGUUUCCUAAAUAUGUCAGAAAUAUUGUAUGAAUGCUUCUGGUAUGUUCAGACAUGAUAGACAAGAAAGUAUGAUUUUAUAAGAAUGUAUGUUUUUUUAUUGUGUAGAGAAUUUAUGACAAGUUAUAACUAUAUUUCCUGAGAGGAAAAAAAUAUACCUCAUUGUACAUAGUUCGUAUUAAAUGCCCAGAAAUGGUAAUUUCCCCAGAAUUGCCACACUGUGGCGCCAUGUGUUUUGGUCAUGAGAUAUUUCACACUUUUGUCACCUGUUCCUUUGAGUCUUUUAGUGGGUUUUUUACCAACAGUGUAUAAUCAUGCAUUAAAUGACUGUGUUUAUAUAUAUAUAUAUAUAUAUAUAUAUAUAUAUAUAUAUAUAUAAUUGCUUCAGAAUAUAUAUUAUUGUUCUCUUUUUAUUCUAUUUUAAAAUGUCAGCAGUCAAAUAAUGUUUUUUUGUUUGUUUGUUUUAGUUUUUUAUAAUCCAAGGUAAAAACUGGUUAUAAACUCAGACAUUUUUGUCCUAAAGUGACAAACUCAUCUGUAGGAAGAGAGCAGUGAGUGUUAAAUGACUUGGGUGUUUUUGUGUCUUCAUGCUCCUGUAAAGAAAGCAAAAAGUCACAAAAUGUAAUAAUAAUUUAUUUGAUGUUACUUUUAAUAAAAAAAAAAAAUAUAUAUAUAUAUAGAAACAGGAGAUUUGAAUGAUAUUUGUCAUUUGCUGUGUUUAUGCAGAGCCAAAGCCAAUCUCACCACAGCUGUUCCACUGAAAUUAGUUUAAAUCCUUAUUAAAUAGUUUUGAAAAAACA